UUUAAUUUGGUGCAUUUUACAAUAAACUAUAUUUUUGAUGCAUAAAACAUCACAGAAAUACCAUUUUACCAGUUUUCCAUCAACAAUGAUUGCUUUUGCGUGAACCAUGUACAGUUCAGCACCACUUUUUUGCAACGAAAAUUUGUGCGCCUUGCGGGAAUCCUCUAUUGGGAUUCCGUGCGUUUACCGUGCAACGGUAAGCAAAAUGGCCUAUUGGUCCGGUAGGCGGUGUUCGGUAAAUCGUAGUCCUCAUUAGAGCGUCUUUGUGAGUGUCUGGAGUUAGCUUGUGAUAAGGCAAGGUGUCCAAACUAUACAACAUGAGCGAUUUAGAUGACCCACUAACCGGACAGCAACAGCAGCAGCAACAGCAACAACCACCAACGCAGACCACACCACGCAGUUCGCUCGGUUCGGGUGCUCUUUCCUACAGCAAUUCCUCCAUCUCACCUUCAACGAGCUCGAGCAGCUCCGGAUCUGCGAAAUCCGCCGUCAGUGAGUGCUUAGGAGCAUGGCUCAACUACCUGCAGAUAAUGAACAAUUUGUGUGCGGCCGGCUACCGGCUAGCACAAACGAUAGCUGCCCUCGAACCGUGGGCGUACUUCGAUCAACCAAACUCCACCGGAGGUGGCGGAAGCAAUCCAUCAGGUGGUCCCUCUCCUCCACAGUCACAGCAGCAGCCCCAGAUACCGCAGCUACCCUUCACCACCUCGCAGAUUCCAUCACACAUGGCCUUUCAGUUCAUUACGGCCUGGGAUGAGCUGGCCCGAGCGUCCGUUAUGGCAACGAGCACGGUCAAAUCGCACAUCGUAAGCGUGCUGCAGGACUUUAAAACGCAACCGCUGGCCACGGUUGAGCAGGAAAGCGAACUGCUACAUAUCAAGGAGUACAAUCAGCUGAUCCUGCAGGACAACGCACAAACGAUGAUCAAUCUGCAGCACCAGUUCUGUGUCGCUUCGUGCGAUGCGUUUGCACAGCUGAUGUGUUGCUACCAGUGCCAAACGCAGGUCGGGUUUCCGCACGAUCCCGACUGCCCGAUGGUGCAGCAUCCGAUGUCCGCCGCCGCAACGAUUGCUCGCACCGGAGGCGUCAUAACGGUGGACCAACGCUCACAAACACCGUCUCCCCAUUUUGGAAUGAAAAUGCAGGAAAAUGCACGCCUGUACGAUCGCACGGGGUCUAUAUCGACGCAGGGAUCUUCGUCCGAUCACGGUACAACGGCGUACGAACAGACGCGUGGUCCUUCCCCUCAUGAUAUUCGCGGACCGAGUCCGAUCCAGGGAUAUUUGGAUAACAUACGUGGACCGCUCCCCAACCCAGGCCAUUUAUCGGGGAUGAAGGCACCGUUCUAUCGGGGGUCACGAUCACCGCUGAAUUUCCCGCUCUUCACACUGAACGGACAGCGCCGCUGGUCGGAAGCGGCAGCGGGGGAAGUAAACUCGGAAGCGGCACUAGACCCCGAAAGUCAAAUGCGUCGCUGGUCGAUGCCGUGGGAAGCGAAGGCGGAUAAAUCCACCGUGCACUGGAACCAGACGCGCCUGAUGCCGAUCUCGAAGCUUGCUGUUCCGGCCUCCGGUCCUGGUCCGACGCCUAAAUCUUCGCUAGGCGAUCGCAGCCAAAGCACAACGCCUGACUCGACAUGGCACUCGUCAAUUACGAGCCAGGAUGGGUUGGUGGAAGCGAUACAGCUGCUGUCCUGCAGACCAAUUCACCGAAUGCAGCCAAUGAUGAUGAUGGCACCGCCAAACAUUGGACCUCCGUUCGUCGAGGAACCGUCGGGAAUGCAGCAACAAGAAUCUCAAAGUACGCUGGGAAAUCCACCCGGAGGACUGUACGGUAUCUGGACGCAACAGAAUCCUCCGAGUGCCAUCUUGCGUCAGUCCGCAGCGGCUGGCACAAUGCAGCAGGACCGCAUGAUUCCGCUGAUGAACUACAUACGCGAGCAGGAUUCAUCGAUUGACGAAAAUCCACCUAACUAACUCAACUCAAUUCAAAACGGACUAACUCUAUACCGUGUUUUCUAAUCUACUAAAAAGAAAGGUAAAGUAUUCAUUCAUAAGGUUCAUUAGGCGGGUGUUAGGCACCCCUACCAUACCAUACCAAAGCAUCAAGUUCAUACCAAAACGCGGACCGAUUGUAAGACGAUAUUGGAAUGCCAAUUUUAUACAAAAAAGCAAACCAAAAAGAAUGCACGCGGGGCUAUGAUGUUUCGUGUGCAGCCCGCCAAUUUCUCAUCCAUUUCGAUGUAGUUGUUUAAAUGUGUAACUCAUGUAUUUAGAAGAAUUUUUGGUAUUCAAAAUCAUGACAAAUGAAACUCACGCUCAUAACGAUAUUUGAAUGUUAGGAUUACUAUUAACUGGAAUAUUUGUACUGAAUUCUCCACUGUACGUCGUGUUCCUUAGGGUGUUUUUCGCUAGUGACACAACACAUUUACUUAAAAAGUA